AUGGCCACAUCUCAGCUGACAGCGUCGUCAAUCUCGGCGAGGAACUUGGCGUCAUUUGAAGGCCUCAGACCUUCAAACCUCAAGUUUGGGUCUCCAGUAGGAGUCUCACUUGUAAGCCACAGGUCCUUCCGUGGUCUCGUCGUCAAGGCUGCCACAACGGUCGCUCCCAAGUACACUUCGAUUAAGCCUUUAGGUGACAGAGUGCUUGUGAAGAUCAAAACCAUGGAAGAGAAAACUGGUGGUGGAAUCUUACUCCCAACCAGUGCUCAGACAAAGCCUCAAGGAGGUGAGGUGGUUGCUGUUGGAGAGGGUAAAACAAUUGGGAAGACCAAAGUGGGCAUCAGUGUUCAGACUGGUGCCGAAGUUGUCUACUCCAAGUAUGCUGGGACAGAGGUUGAGUUCAAUGGUUCUAAGCAUCUUAUACUUAAGGAUGAUGACAUAGUUGGUAUUCUUGAAACCGAAGAUGUGAAGGAUCUCAAGCCUCUGAAUGAUAGAGUCUUAAUCAAGGUCGCUGAGGUCGAGGAAAUGACUCCUGGAGGCUUGUUGCUGACAGAGGCAAGCAAGGAGAAACCUUCGAUUGGCACGGUGAUUGCCGUUGGACCCGGUACUCUUGAUGAGGAAGGAAACAGGAAACCAUUAUCCAUUUCCGAGGGGAACACAGUUUUGUACUCCAAGUAUGCAGGAAAUGACUUCAAGGGCAAAGAUGGUUCCGAGUACAUAGCUUUAAGAGCUUCGGAUGUCAUUGCUAUACUUUCUUAG